AUGAGAACCGUGUGGACUCUGCUCAUCCCUGCGCUCCUCCUGGGUCACCUCGUCUGUCUGCAAGGUGCCGGACAACCAGUGCAGGAUUGCUGUCUACUGACAAGUGCCAGACGGAUCCCCUUUAAUUCCAUCGCUGGUUAUGAGAUACAGUCAAGGGACAAAGGAUGCCCCAUAGAUGCCGUGAUAUUUGAGACGAAUUCCAAUCCAUCCAGGAAGCUCUGCGCCACGUCCGGCAUUUCAUGGGUUAAUAAAUGGAUCAAAAAACUAGACAAACGUAAAAAAGUAACGAAGACUGAGAAGAAGCCGAAGAGAUCUGCGAGACCUCAGCCGGAAUAAGACGAGAUCCUCGUGUGUUUGUCAUGAACGAUGAAGACUGGAAACAUCGGACGGAAUCUACUCCCAUCUUUCUUUUAUUAUGGAUUGUUCUGGAAUGGUGGAUAGCGGAGACACCAUAAGAUGUUAUACGGAACGUUCCUCCUCUUCCUUCCUCGUUGCUAUCGUCUCUUUCAUAGUUAUGUGUAGAGUAUUUUAUGUAGAACAUAUAGUAACCAUGUUAUCCUGUACAAAUUACUAUUUCAGACCAAAGAUAUAUGAGGUAAAGGGUUCGCUAUCCCCAUAUACACAGUG